AUUUCCUUAAAUUGGAUGAAACUAUGAUGAAGCUUCAAAUUGCAGGAUCAAACAGUGAGUACCGAAAGGUGGAGCAGAUAUCACGGGUUUGAGAAAUAUUAAUAUACAGCAUUCUUCUUUUAAAAAAAAACAAGAAACCAGGACAAGAGGAAGAAACCACCAAGUUAUCAGCUUGGACUGAUGCUGUUAUUCCAACAUCUGGACUAAAGCCUGAACUGACUGUCAGGUUCUUCUACUACUGAGACAGUGAGUUGCUGCCAUGUCUAGACGGAGCAGGAACAGUCGUGCAUGGAGAUAUGUCUGGGGUGGAAUACGGCGGGAUGCUGAUGCCAGGGCACUUGUUUUGGCCUCUGAAAGUGAGGAAUGGAGUUAUGACCGACUAGAGUACAGUGAUUCAGACUCUGAGGUGGACUUUUCAGCAGUGAUGGUCCCUCCUGUCCCCAGUGCAGUGCCUGUCACCGGAGAGUCCUACUGUGGCUGCGAUUCCCAGGCUGAGACCAGCUACAACUCUCGUCUGCGAGGAUUUCACCAAGUCAAAGACUGCCACUGCGGAGAGGAUGAUCAAGAAUUUGACUGGGUGUGGGAUGCAAACAGCCGAUCGACAGCAACAUUACUGAGCUGCGACAAUCGCAAAGUGAACUUCCACUCUGAAUACAGCUGUGGUACAGCUGCGAUCCGUGGCUCCAAAGAGCUGGCUGAAGGGCAGCACUUCUGGGAAAUCAAGAUGACAUCCCCAGUUUAUGGAACAGACAUGAUGGUUGGCAUCGGUACUUCUGAUGUCAACCUAGACAAAUACAGACACACGUUCUGCAGCCUGUUGGGAAAAGAUAUAGAUAGCUGGGGUCUUUCUUACACAGGCUUGUUGCAUCAUAAAGGAGACAAGAUGAAUUUCUCUUCUCGAUUCGGACAGGGAUCCAUCAUCGGAGUCCAUCUGGACACGUGGCACGGCACACUUACUUUCUUCAAGAAUAGGAAGUGCAUAGGUGUUGCUGCCACAGAGCUACAAAAUAAGAGGUUUUAUCCGAUGGCGUGCUCCACAGCAGCGAAAAGCAGCAUGAAGGUGAUCAGAUCCUGCUCUGCGCCCACCUCUCUGCUAUACCUUUGCUGCGCUCGCCUUCGCCAGCUGCUGCCGGACUGUAUAGACACCCUGGACGUGUUGCCACUGCCGCCAGGACUUCGUCAGUUGCUCCACAACAAACUAGGUUGGGUGCUCAGUCUCAAUAGUGGCACCACAGAUGAAACCGCAGAUGAGCCUGAGCGCCCCUCACAAUUGCCUGUCCCGCCCUUAGCUGGACCAUCCUCCUCUGAGAGUGACUCAGAGGGUUGUACGUCUGACCCUGAAGCCUGUCAGAGGAAAAGAUGCCGCUGGACAUGACUGGACAGCUUGAAUCCUACCUCCUCUUAAACACUGGCAGAGGUUACUGCCCUAUGGCAUCUAAUCUAGUGUUACUUAACUGCCUCAAGCGUUCCUCAACAUCAGUGUUACACAGUAGUGAAGAGAAGAACCAGGAUCGGUUGAGCAGAGAGAGUGGUACGUAGGUAGAAAACUGUGACGGCAGUAUUUUUGCUUGCACACUUAAUUACUGUGAUCUUCUCUCAUGCCAUUCACGUCUUCAUGCUCAUCAUACACUCAGUACCCAAAACCAGCUUCAGUAAUACGCGAAAAGAUAUGUUGUUAUUUUGUUAGCUAGAAUAAAUUGUUACAGAUCUGUUGCCAUUCAUGAAUGGGGAUUAGUGACAUAGUGUGGGAAUGAUACAGUAAACUGUACAGUGUGACACUGAAGUAAAGUAUGGCCAAAUUUUAGUGGUCAUCAUGGUAUAUUUGUAAAGAAAAGGGGGUUUCAUGAGAUGAGAGACUGUAUAGGUAUUUUCUGUGUUUUUAUCCUGUAUGCAAAUACUGUAUAUUGUUCUCAACCUAAAUGCUAUCCAUGCAUUUUCAGAGUCAUCUGUUACCUGUUUUACUGGCAUCUACGAUUUCUGGAUUUCCAAAGUGAGAAUCAGUUUAUUCUAUAUUUUUUACCACACGUCACAGCUCUAAAUCUUAAACUGUCAAAAGCCUAAGAAAAGUAAGAAGGAGAUAGAAUUAACCUGAGUGCACUUUGCAGCUUUUAGCCCCUCAACAAUGAAAUUAUUCCUUUUUGUCUUUCAUGGAACAGCCAUCAUCUCCAAACAACUUAUGCACGUCUGAUUGCUCAUCACAUUAUUGAAAAAAGUUAUUAGUGAAAUAUUUGUUACAUUCAUGGCAACAUCAGCCUGUCAAGAGCCUUUCAAAGUCUUUUGUCCAAUAGUCAUGCUAUUUGUUUGUAGAAACUAUGGAUUUCCUCUAAAAGAUGUAAGCAGUAUCCAUUGUUAAGUGUAACUCUUUUAAAUCUAUCAUGAGACAAAUAUGUCACUAAAUAUGUCACUGUCACACCUUUCAAGUAACUUUUCCUCGCUGUUACACUUUAUCGUUUCUUAAACAUUUUUUUUUAAAUUAUUGUAUUUGAUUGACAAAAUAUGAGAUUAUAAGCAGAUUUAAUGUUAAACCUUUUUGUACUGUUUAUGCAAUGGCCUUGUUUUGGUUUUCCUCAAGGCCUUGUUUCAUCUCUUUCCUUAAAAACUCCUCUUGACUCUUAUUCACUAAGGCCAUACUCUAUUCUAAAUCCUUUCAAUAUCACUCAGCCCCACUUGGCCUAAAACAUUGUUGUAGAAAGGUGCCAGUGUCCCCAAUAAAGGACCACAUGCUGUGGUCAGCUUGAAGUUGAUUACAUUGGAUUUUAAUGAAGUUUUUGCAGCAGAUGAUGAGUUCCAAGAUGAAACUAGUGCUGCAGAAUAGACUAAUGUCAGCUCUCUGUGUGUAUGUUUAGUGUGUUUCUAACAGUUUUAUAUAUAUAUAUAUUUUUUUUAAAUACGGCUAAAAACAGUUUUAAUGUUGAGCACAUGAAAGGACAGUAGAGAGGUGGACUCUGCUGCCUGAAUGGUCUGCAACAUUUCUGUGGCUGUACCAAUAUGUCUGCCAAAACCUGUCACGAAAUACAGACAUUUUACAUUGACCUUUGAAGUCUACAGGGGCUGAGUGAUGUUAAAAGAUCAAUCUAAGUAUUAAUUGAUCAUGAAUGACUUAGGAGGGGAAUAUUACCCCUGGGUCAGAUAUUUAAAUAAUUCUUUGAUUCAAUUUCUCCUGAAUACCAAACCAUAACAAUAAAAGUAUAAUAGUGUUUGACCCAGGUGUUGAAACUACACAGUUUGCCAACUGCUGCCUCAGUCACUCGUCUCUGAUCAUGUGCACUCCUCAAGGUCUUGGUGUAAAUAAAUCUAGAUACAAAGAUUUAAGGUACUAUGCAAUAAAAGCAUUUUCUGUGAUAAUAGUUUUCAGAAGAGAUGGAUGGGGUGCUGUGAUGGAGACACUGGCACAACAACAGUGGUGAUGGUACCAGAGGACCAUGCUCAUCAGACAUGAGUAGUGACAUGGCUUAAUUCUGUCUAGUUGUUGUAAUGAUUUAUCAGGAACCUCUCUCUGUAGAUCCAGCAAUGUAACCACAGUGAAGUUAGUUGUAGUCCAGCAUUAUUAUGUUUUUUUUUUUUUAGACUUAUUUCACUGUAUUUGUCUUCACAUUGAUGCAUCCAUGCACUUUUUCUUACUGUUAUACUGUAAAUAGAAAAAUUCAAAGUGUUUCUUCUAUAUCAUGUCAUAUUAAUAAUACUGUAUGUGGAGGCCUUUACUGGCCUUUUUCUGUAUAUCUGAUCAGCAUGAUUUUCAGCUGAAAAUAAAAUAAAUGCUAAUUAUGCACUA